UGGGUAUUGGGUAUUGGGUAUUGGUUCACCGGUACUAUUUCGUUGAUCAAGAAUGACAAUGGUUAGUAUUUCCAUGUAAAGAUGUUGGAUAUGAGAGCGAUAGGUUCGAGAAGUCAGGUGCAGAAGGCAGUAUCACGUGGUUGUAUGUGGAGCUCAGCCAUAGAACUAGGAGUGGCGCAGUUGAAGUAGCACCCGCUCCAGCUAGACUAGUACUAUUAAAUUUCUGAAGCUCUAAUUCAACUUGAAUGCGUAACCUUUCCUUUCAUGUUGUGUGUUGAAGUUACACGAGAAGUUUUCUGAAUCCGAAACAUGUGAGUCAGGCCGAUGAGAUCAACAUCGGAAAGCGGCAACCAAAGCUUGAGGGGGGUCAGUUGGGUCUUGGUACUUUCUAAACCGUAUUCAUGCAUAUCAACUAUUUAACGACGGCAUCCUCGAUUGAAUUUAAUGCCGUUAAAAUCAGGUUUAGUACUUUGAUAAUUUUAAUUGUUAUUUUCAUUCCUUUAUUUUGAUUCGGAUUUCUUCUGAUUUGUUUCUUUAAAAAUCGAUUGUUCAUCCGAAUUAUUGAGGUAAGAAGGAAAAAUGUUGUCUCAAGGAGAAUCAGCAACCACCAUCUUGUGUUCGUGUAAACAAACGAGAUUUCACAUCGAGAAUCCAGUUUAUCAGGAGCUCGAUAUUGAAGGUUUAAAUAUCACGGUUACAGCAUCCGGUAAAUCAGGUGUGAAGUCAAAGGGAAAAUCUAAAGCAGAAGGUCUUGAGAUUCUUUCCAAUGCGAGUUUGAAACUCAAAGCUGGAAUAUGCUAUGCAUUGAUUGGAAGAAACGGCACAGGAAAAUCGACUUUGUUGAAGGCCAUUGCGGAGAAAUUGAUCCCUGGUAUUCCUGUACAGACUAGGAUAUCCAUCUUGCAGCAAACAGAUGCAGAUUCAAAAGAUGCCGGUGAUGAAGGAGGUAGUGAAUCUGAAGAAAAUGGGGGAAGUAAUUUGUCAGUAUUGGCAGAAGUUAUCGAUAGAGCUACUUCAAGAAGUGAAAUUCAGCAUGAAGUUGACGUAUUGUCCAAGGCUGUGGAUAGUCAAGAAGAUGCAUUGACACCUGUACGGGCAUUUCGGAAAAUACAGCAUGAAAGACUGAAGAAGGAGUUAUUCGAGAAAGAUAAGGAUGCUAGACUUCGGAGUGGAACACGUGGUAUGGCAGCAAGAAAAGCAUUGAUUGCUUUUGAAAAAAUUGUUGCGGAUUCCGAGGAACGAAUCAAACAAAAAGAUGAGGAGAUUGAUGAAACCACGAUUAAAGAAGAGACAGACUUAGCAGCAGAACUCCUUGCAGAGGUACAACUACAGCUAGAGCCCACCAGACUCGCCGACAUCGAAUCAAAAGCACGAAAUAUCCUCUCUGGUCUAGGAUUUCCCAAAGCAAACCUGGAUAAACCAGUCAACACCCUAUCCGGAGGAUGGAAAAUGCGUACAAAUCUCGCUUCCAUCCUUCUCCAACCAACAGACAUUCUAAUCCUCGACGAGCCUACCAAUUUCCUCGAUCUCCUCGGAAUCAUCUGGUUACAAAAAUAUCUCGAAACCCUCAAGGAAUCUACCCCCACUCCUCCAACCAUUGUAAUCGUCUCUCACGAUCGCGAUUUCAUCACCGCCACAUCUCAAGAACUUAUCAUUCUGCGCAGCCAGGCUCUGACUUAUUUCCGUGGAUCCUUGGCUACAUAUGAAUCCACUAUCCGCGAGAAAACUCUUUAUCUAACAAAAAUGCGCGACGCUCAAGAAAAGCAAAAAUCACACAUCCAGCAAACCAUUCAGCAAAACAUCAAACAAGGAAAAGCAACCGGCGAUGAGAAUAAACUCCGCCAAGCUAAAUCUCGUCAAAAGAAAUUAGAUAAUCGAAUGGGCAUGGAAGUAUCCGCCAAAGGAACUCGAUUCAAACUCAACCGCGACCUAGUUGGGUAUCAUUUAACAGCCAGAGAAGAAAUCGAGAUUCCACCCGAGGAAAGAGGCAUCUCGAUGAUAAUCCCUCUAGCACCCGAUUUACGAUUUCCCGGCCCAUUGCUCUCAUUAGAAAACAUCUCAUUCCGCUACCCAACUUCCGGAUCUCCAAAAAGCACCACUGCACCCGCACCAUUCGUUUUAGAAAACGUCAAUCUCACCAUCCACAUGGGUGAUCGCAUUGGAAUCGUGGGCCUCAACGGCGCCGGAAAAUCCACCCUUCUCUCCCUCCUCACCGAAACCGCCAAACCCACCAAGGGAACCCUCACCAAACAUCCUCGCUUACGACUCGCAUACUACUCUCAAAACUCCGUCGAAGAUCUGCAAGUUCUCUCGCACAGCACUCCAGAGCUAACGGCUCUCUCGCUCCUAACAUCCGAUAUCGCUGGUGUGCUCUCGGAGCAGGAAAUUCGUGGUACCCUCAAUGGAUUGGGUUUGCAGGGACGAAUCGUCUCGGAUGUUCCGAUUGGUAAGUUAUCUGGUGGUCAGCUUGUGCGGUUUGCGUUGGCGAGGUUGGUGUGGAAGGAACCGCAGUUAUUGGUUUUGGAUGAGGUGACGACGCAUUUGGAUUUUUGGACGGUGAGAGCGGUGGGGGAGGUGAUGAGGGGGUGGAAUGGAGGUGUUGUGGUGGUUAGUCAUGAUCGGUGGUUGGUUAGGAAAGUGGUGGAGGGGUGGAAGGAGGGGGAGGGAGAGGAGGAGGAAGAGGGGGAGGAUGAGGAAGAUGAGGAACAGAGGAGGAGAUUGGUUUAUGUUGUUAAGGGUGGUGGAGUCAAGGUAUUGGAGGGGGGUGUGAGUGAGUUUGAGAGGAGUCUGGAGAAGAGGGUUGAUAAGUUGAUGAAGUGA